UGCACAAGCUGAUUGAUAAAUGAUAAGAGAGAGGAAAUGAAGAAAGAAAUGGAAACUCAUCGGAAAUCAUUUUUAAUUUCCAUCUCAUCAAGUUCGCAUUAUUUCUGGCCGCCGGAAAUGUCUGUCUCAAACUUCUUCGUCUUCUUCAUGUGCUUCUCUGCUAUAGCGUCCGCCUCCUCCGCCGCCGCCGCCCCUCUCUUGGCUACUGAUGAAGUGGAUGCUUUGCAGCAGAUUGCCAAAACUUUGGGGAAAACGGACUGGGAUUUCAAUGUGGAUCCAUGCAGCGGGCACCCCAGUUGGGUUAGUCCAAACCCCACCAAAGAAAAAAUGAUUGUAGUUACCUGCGAUUGCUCCUAUGCAGAUAAUACUACCUGCCAUGUCACUAGCAUAGUUCUGAAACAACAGGAUCUAGGUGGAACACUUCCAGCAGAGUUGGUUAAACUCCCUUUCCUUCAAGAAAUCGAUCUCAGUCGCAACUACCUUGGCGGCACAAUCCCUCCUGAAUGGGGUUCCAUGAAACUUGUCAAUAUCUCCCUCCUAGGGAAUCGCAUUACGGGUCAAAUACCAAAAGAGCUUGGCAACAUCAGCACUCUUGCCAAUAUGACACUCGAGUGCAAUCAGCUAUCUGGAACUGUUCCUGCGGAGCUAGGGAAUCUGACUCUCAUUAAUAAACUACAUCUACCAUCGAACAAUCUUAGUGGAGAGUUACCCAAGGAACUAGCAAAGCUGUCAGCUUUGAAGGACUUUCGCAUUGGUGAUAACUACUUCAGCGGAAGUAUACCAGAUUUCAUAGAGGAAUGGACUGAUAUGGAAAAAUUAGUUAUUCAGGGUAGUGGAUUGAGUGGGCCAAUCCCUGCUGGGAUUUCUUCCUUGACAAAAUUGAUUGACUUGAGAAUUACUGAUUUGAAUGGUACGGAUUCAAAAUUUCCAGACCUUAGCAAUGCCACAAACCUCAAAACACUGAUACUAAGGAGUUGCAAUAUUGUUGACCAGUUACCGCCAUAUAUUGGGUCACUGAAAAACUUAAAUGUCUUAGACCUCAGUUUUAACAAGCUAAGUGGACAAGUACCUCACAUCAUUGGAAGCUCAAAAGAUAUAAAAUUCAUUUAUCUGACUGGGAACUUGCUCACUGGAGUUGUGCCUGAUUGGAUAACUAAGUCCCUUGAUCUUUCCUAUAACAAUUACACAAAUACACCCAAAAGUUUAGGAAGCUCAAAUUGCCAACAGAACAAUAUAAAUAUGUUUGCGAGCUCUUAUAAUGGAAAUAGAUCGGGCAUUGUUUCGUGCUUGAAGAAGGAAUGCGCACAGAAAUGGUAUGCUAUCCAUAUUAAUUGUGGUGGACAAGAAGUAAAAAGUGAUAAUGGUACAACAUAUGAAGCUGAUCCCUCAGAUGCGACUUCAGUAUUUGUCAGUAGUCAGAGCAAUUGGGCACUUAGCAGCACAGGCCACUUACUCGAUAAUAAUAAAUAUAUUAACACUUAUCGUUGGUCUAACAGUUCAAGAAUUUCUUCCACCAGUUCCCAGCUUUACACUGAUGCACGGAGUUCCCCCCUGUCAUUGACAUACUAUGGAUUCUGCUUGGGGAAUGGGAACUACACCGUAAACCUUCACUUUGCAGAGAUUAUGUUUACAGAUAACAGAUCAUAUAGUAGCCUUGGGAGCCGCAUCUUUGAUAUUUACAUUCAGGGAAAGCUAGUGGCAAAGGAUUUCAAUAUAGAAAGUGAAGCAGGUGGGGUUAACAAGGCAGUCAUAAAACCAUUCACUGCAGUUGUAAAUGAGACGACUUUAGAAAUCCGUUUAUAUUGGGCUGGAAAAGGAACAACGGUUAUCCCCUUCAAGGGAGUAUAUGGCCCUCUUAUUUCAGCUAUUUCUGUGGUCUCUGAUUUUCAGCCCCCAAUCCCCCCUUCAGAAGGCUUAUCCGCAGGUGCCAUUGUGGGGAUUGUGCUUGCUGUUCUGUCCACCAUUUUAAUUGCUCUGGGCUUACUUUGGUGGAAAGGAUGUCUGCAAAAUAAGAAUGGAAUGGAGCAAGAUCUGAAGGGUAUAGCUGUUUCCUAUACGCUGAGGCAAAUUAAAGCUGCCACAAAGAAUUUUGAUGCUUCUAAUAAGAUUGGGGAAGGUGGUUUUGGUCCUGUAUACAAGGGUCGUCUAUCAGAUGGCACAGACAUUGCAGUUAAGCAACUCUCCUCCAAAUCAAAGCAGGGGAACCGCGAAUUUAUUAAUGAAAUAGGGAUGAUAUCUGCACUUCAGCAUCCUAACCUUGUAAAGCUUUAUGGGUGUUGUAUUGAGGGGAACCAAUUAUUGCUUGUCUAUGAGUACAUGGAAAACAACAGCCUUGCCCGUGCACUAUUUGGCCCAGUGGAACAGCAGUUGAAAUUGGAUUGGACAACGAGAUAUAGAAUCUGUAUUUGUAUAGCAAAAGGUUUAGCUUAUCUCCAUGAAGAAUCUAGAUUGAAGAUUGUACAUAGAGACAUCAAGGCUACUAAUGUACUUCUUGAUAAGGAUCUUAAUCCCAAAAUAUCAGACUUUGGUUUGGCCAAACUAGAUGAAGAGGAGAAUACACACAUAAGCACGCGUAUUGCUGGGACAUUUGGGUAUAUGGCGCCAGAAUAUGCAAUGCAUGGCUACUUAACUGAUAAGGCCGAUGUAUACAGCUAUGGUGUUGUUGUUUUGGAAAUUGUCAGUGGAAGAAGUACUGGAAGUAUCAAGCCAAAGGAGCAGUGCUUUAAUCUUCUUGACUGGGCUAACGCCUUGAAGGAGCAAGGAAAUAUAAUGGGGCUAGUUGAUUCAAGACUUGGAACUGACUUCAAUAAGGAAGAGGCUUUGGUGGCGAUUAACAUAGCUUUCCUGUGCACAAAUGUUGUAUCGGCAUCGAGACCAACCAUGUCAGCAGUGGUUAGCAUGCUCGAAAGCAGAUCAAGUCUCGAAGAGUUUGAGUUAAGCACUGAUGUUACUCCUGACAAAAUAGUGAAGAGUAAAGAAGAAGAUAAAUUGAUUGAUGUCCCUGAUAGGAGUGUAUCAAUGGACGUGCCGUGGACUGCUUCUUCAACAUCAACUAGUGAUUUAUACCCCAUAGUUGCAGACAGUUCUUACUGGGAAAAAAGAGAAUGAAGAAGAUGCAUUUAUAUCUGCAAUAUUUAUCUGAAUACUCUUAAACCUUUUGGAAUAUUCAGAGAGUAAUAUGAAGUAUAGUGAUGUAUAAAAGAUGUUUGAGACUGUGAUACAUCAAAUCCACAUAGGAUAAACAAAAUGCAAGUUUGUAUAGAGUUUAAACUAAAUAUUGAUCAUAUUUGAAUUGAAAGUUGAUCUAGUAUUGUGUAUGCA